AUGGUAUCCAAUGUCUCGCGUACGAGUCAGCAAGUCAACUACCACAAUGAUCCAGAUAUAUCGACGGACCUUGUGAUGUUCUCUUCGACAUUAGCGUCAGGCUCAAGGUUGAGGGACGAUGUCUCAGGACAAGCCUUUGUUGGAUCAGGCAACACCAGCAAUAUACAGCUCUCCACAGGGGAAGAAGCACCACCUGCGGAUUGGGCGCCACUGCAAGCUUCGACAGCGCUUUCUUCACAGAUAUUUCCCUCUGGCACGCCCCUUCAGGAUAUCAACCAACCGCCACAAUUGGUAUCUGAACGAGAGACUGAGGAUCAGGAUGAUAGAUGUGUCAUUGACGGAGAGGUCCAAGAAGACAAGUCCACGCCCGCCAGAUCUCACACUGUUGGUGGUACGCCGCAAAGGAGGUUGAAUCCCCCAGAGUCGCAAGGAUCAGACGCUUCUGGAGAUGGUGCUGAGGAGUGGGAGGAUAACGAUGACGAAGACGACGCAGACGACGUGAGCUCUACCGGAACAGAAUACUCUCGUGAUUCAAAUAUUAUGAAUGAGCCCGGCUGGCGACGCCAUUUCAACUUUCCCAGGCGCUCGCGAGAGUUGAAAGCGAGAACGGUUCUAUUCCGCCAGGAAAUACAAGCGCUGCGUGCCGAAGCCAAAGCUGGGUUUAGAUUGUAUGCCUCCCGUCGAUUCAGAGGCUCUGAGCAGGCCUCUCGGCUGAUUGAAAGAGCUCGCGACGGGAAGCUACUAGACCCUCGCAUUAGCAAGUGUAUACUGCUGUGGGCAGCGGAGAACGGAAAGACAACAACAAUACCUGGCAAGAGGAUCAAACCGUCCAUCACUAUCGAUCAGGUGGUCAAGCUUGCGGAGACAAUGCUUUCGUGUGUGGCAGAUCAGCGAUACGACGAGCGCCUGAUGGCCCAGUCCGCCUCUCACGAUGCCAGCCUGCGAGCUCUCAACCGCCAAAAUAAGAAGAGAACAGAGAGAAUCCGUGAGAAGGAGCAGGCAGUAACGACACGUGAGAGCGAACUAGAGCAGAGGAGGGGAGAACAGGAGGCAGAGCUUGCCCGCAGGAAGGAAGAACAGGAGGCAGAGUUUGCCCGGAAGGAAGCGCAAGAGGCCGAGCACCGCUCAAGGAUGAGGGAGUUGGAGGAGCGGGAAAGAAGACUCCAAGAGCUAGUCUAG